AUGCAGCAAUCAAACGUCACCAUGCGAUACGCUCCAAGCCAACUCUUCAACAUUUUCUGGCAACCACAGCAACUCCGUGUUGUCGCCAAACCACCCUGGAACAGCGGUGCUCUGCUCGAUACCAUUUCACUUCUUCCUACUACCACUUCUUCCUCGGCCACCUUGACAGGUGGUUUGCUUGCACCAGACCCUUCUUUUCAUACCACUCCGGACUGGGACCUCUUUCCUAAUUCUGACUCACAUUAUCUUGGCAAUGGCACGCAGCUGCUUCCUGGCGAACCGGCUUCACUUUCAACUGCGGAAGGCAACAUGAACAUGCUCACCAUGCCAUCCGGCAUGGCCAAUAUGAACAAUAUGAAUACAUCUGCGCCCAUGAUAAGAGAUUCCUCUCAUUCUGGUUCUUCCUCCACAAGCCACAAGGACCAGAGUUCGUCGCCUCCUGAGCAAUCCUCGUCAUCUAGAUUGUCAUCCACAAAGAACAGCCCUCUGGCUCCAGAACCCUCUUCCCGAGUUGAGAAGCGGAAGGCAAAUACCCUCGCUGCUCGUCGCUACCGCCAGAAGCGUGUCGAUCAAAUGACUACUCUCGAAUCCGAGCUCAAGGAAGUUAAAGCCGAACGAGACGACCUCAAAGUCCGCAACGCCAGAUUAGAAGGGGAAGUCGAGACGCUUCGUGCUCUUCUACGUUCUCAAAAGUAG